AUGAAGAAAAAAAAUCAGAGAGUAAAGAUAGGCCAAAAUAAUGUGCUGUUUUCUUGUGUGCCUUCUUUUUCAGGUCAGAACUGCGGCGGUUUAGUCCAGGGUCCCAAUGGCACCAUCGAGAGCCCAGGGUUUCCGCACGGUUAUCCAAACUACGCUAACUGCACCUGGAUCAUUAUCACAGGAGAACGCAAUCGGAUACAACUGUCGUUCCACACCUUCGCCCUUGAAGAAGAUUUUGAUAUUUUAUCGGUGUACGACGGCCAGCUCCAGCAAGGGAAUUUGAAAGUGAGGUUGUCGGGAUUCCAGCUGCCGUCCUCCGUCGUCAGCACGGGCUCGAUCCUCACGCUGUGGUUCACGACAGACUUCGCCGUGAGCGCCCAAGGCUUCAAGGCCCUGUAUGAAGUUUUACCUAGCCACACGUGUGGAAAUCCGGGGGAGAUCCUGAAAGGAGUUCUGCACGGAACAAGGUUCAACAUCGGGGACAAGAUCAGGUACAGCUGCCUCUCCGGCUACGUCUUGGAAGGCCACGCGGUUCUGACCUGCAUUGUCAGCCGUGGGAAUGGAGCUUCCUGGGACUUUCCGGCUCCCUUCUGCAGGGCUGAGGGAGCCUGCGGAGGGACCCUGCGGGGAACCAGCAGCACCAUCUCCAGCCCCCACUUCCCCUCGGAAUAUGGGAACAACGCCGACUGCACCUGGACCAUCCUGGCCGAACCAGGGGACACCAUCGCCUUAGUCUUCACCGACUUUCAACUAGAGGAAGGAUACGACUUCUUAGAGAUCAGUGGAACAGAAGCCCCAUCCAUAUGGUAA